CGAGAGGCGCCCACGGAAGGCGCGGGUACGUCAUCUGGGCCCUGCUCCACCGGUUCGCAUGCUGUGCGUCUGCAGAACGAGUUUGCUGUCCACUUCAGCAAUUCAGCUCGCCGAGACCUUUCAUCGGCAACAUGUCGAACUUCGACCCAAAUGCAAUUUUGCGUGGUGCUCAAUUGACGCUGGUUGGAGUAAACCGCGCCCUCCAGAACCCGGGUCUUUUCACAUCAGACCACUACCGACAAGCCGCUCUCGCUGUAGCUGCUGGAGUUGCCAUUCGUAUCCUGGUAUCCAUUCCAAUCGUUGGCGUCAGAGUGCUGCUAUGGAUCGUCUCAUUGUUCCUGGACAUGAAAAAUGUUACCUGGGACGAGAGCAUAGUAGAUGGUCUUCACUUCCUUGAGCACACCGUGCUUCAGGUGCCGUUUUUUCUAAUGACCAUGAUGCGCUACAUCACACCCACCUUGGAUCGAAUGUUCAUGGACUCUCUUCAGUGGGUUGACCACACCUAUGUGCAGAAGCAUAAGUCCGAAGACCCUCACAACCUCCGCGCGAUGUACGCUCAGAACCUCGAACAAUACCCGACCCACGCGCCGAGGGACCAAAAUGAGAAGAAAAGGUCAAUCAAGAGCACCGUCGUCUUGAUGGCUAUCAAACAAGGCCGGAAGGCUGGUAUCUCGCUGGCUGUAUUGGCACUGUCAUACGUGCCAUACGUUGGCAAGUUUGUGCUGCCCGCCGCUAGUUUUUACACUUUCAACAAGGCUGUAGGGCCUCAGCCUGCGGUUGCUAUCUUCGCAACCUCUAUCUUCUUGCCACGUCGAUACCUGGUUUCUUUCCUGCAAGCCUACUUCUCUUCCCGCACGCUCAUGCGUGAAUUGCUCGAGCCGUACUUCUCACGCGUUCGCUACAACAAGGACCAGAAGAAGCUCUGGUUUAAGGAUCGCGCUGGUGUUCUCUUCGGCUUCGGACUCGGCUUCUACAUCUUCGUCAAGAUUCCCCUUGUUGGUGUCUUGAUCUAUGGGUUGGCUGAAGCUUCUACGGCAUAUCUGAUCACCAAAAUCACCGAGCCACCUCUACCACCGAACGAGGCAGAGAAGUUCAAAGAGGACUCACUACACUGGAAAAACAAGCAUGAAUUCCUGGAGCUGCCGUGGCAGCACAUGGAUGCUUAUAACAUCAGCAUGCACACGCCUGGCUUCAAGUCCGAUGUUCGCCAGACGCCUAGGAAGACGUUCAGCUAAACAGCUGUCUUCACCAGAGAGCAAAGCUGUCAGAUUCAAUCUGUGCGCUAAACAGAUUACCAAUCUCUACCCAAUCACGGGAACGCGGUGACUGGCGUUUGCACCAAGCGACAAGCGUGCGACUAGGUAUCGAAGUCUUGGGGCCGCGGCAUGAUGAUGACGACAGAAAUUGAAACGGCGUGUGGAUUGACCCCGCCGACUCCACUGCGGGGCAUAGCUCUUCUCUCAGUUUGGUAGCUGCAGACAGCAGCUCUAUCCGACGAUACGUAAAAAUCUCCCUAUCAGCUAUCACCCAGGCUUAUCAAGCUCCUUGUACCUAGAGGAACUGGACCGCCCAAGCUCGGCUGCUGGUCUCCUCGGACGGAAGCAGGAGUGGACUUGGAUAGCAAUUAACAAUUGAUCUUUCAGGAAAUAAGUACCCCGCG